UAUUUAGUCGUUCAAACUUCAAAGUUGUGUAUUUCUGCUCUGUAGCUGGUCUAGGGUUAGACUGUCGUAAGAAACAUAAGUUGCGUCACAAUAAAUAUCUUUGAAAGUCGAAAUACUUGAUGGAAAUCCUAAAAUUGCUAAGAAAUUUUUAAGAUAUUUCUAACAAGUGAAGUCGAUCGUUGUUAUGGUGUUUUGAAUUCAAGACGAACCGCUGAAGGAAAAGGAAUACAUGUUUCCAUUGAAAAUGCAGCUUAUACUAAUGACAUAGAGAUGGCAACAAGAAAUAAUGGGGCGACGAAAAAAAACGGCGAAGUUUACAACGACGGUUUUGUUCGUGGGACCACAAUUUCCUUCCAUGAUUUAAAAUACACUGUUGAAUUAAAGGUGAAACGAGAGAAAAUUAAAAAAGAAAUUGUCAAAGGGAUUAGUGGAAUAUUCUUUCCUGGUAUGAACGCCAUCCUUGGUCCGACUGGAUGUGGAAAAACAACAACCUUAGACAUGCUCGCAGAUCGUAAAGAUACGACUCUCGUGACUGGUGAUAUAAUGGUGAAUGGCGCGAAAAAACCAUCCAACUUCCGAAGAAUGACGGGAUAUGUUGUGCAACAUGAUGUGCUUAUGCCUUUGCUCACUGUCAGAGAAAAUAUCUACUUUUCUGCUUCUCUACGUCUGCCGUCUACAAUGACAUCUGAUGAAAAAGCUCAUGAAGUUGAUAAACUCGUUGAAGAACUGGGUCUGAGUAAAGUUGCUAACUCAAAGGUUGGUAAUGAGAUUGUUCGAGGAAUAUCAGGGGGGGAGAAGAGACGCACAAGUAUUGGAAUGGAGCUAAUUACAUCUCCUAAUGUUUUAUUUCUGGAUGAACCAACAACAGGUCUUGAUGCAUCAACUGCAUCGAGUGUUAUGCAACUGUUAUACAAUCUCAGUCGAAAGGGAAACACCAUAAUUUUCUCCAUUCAUCAACCAAGAUAUGCGAUUUUCAAGUUGUUUGAUUACGUUUGUCUCCUUGGCGACGGUCAUAUGAUCUAUAAUGGACCAGCCCAUAAUGCUUUGCAACACUUUGAAGAAAUUGGUUACGAGUGUGAACCACACAAUAACCCCCCUGACUUUUUCUUGGAUGUCAUUAACAUGGUGAGAGAUCAGAGCUCGCUAUCAGACGAAGAAAUGGCUGAAAAAGAUGUGGAAAAGGGCACUACUACAGUUCUUGAUCUGGCCAAAAAGUUCCAAGAAUCGUCAAUUGGUAAAAAUAUAAACACCCGUGUCUCAGAAAUUUACAAGAACAUGAAAGCAAACAUGUCUUCAGAAGACGAUAUUAACAAGGAUUUUUCAGAUAUGAACCGCUACGCUACAGGAUGGCUAAAACAGCUUGGUGUUGUUGGACAAAGGUCUGUACGUUCACUCACCCGCAAUCCAAUAACUACAAUAGUCCAGUUUUUUGUGAUGUCUGCAAUGGGUUUAAUUGUUGGAGGUCUGUAUUUUCAAAUUGAAAAGGAUGAUAAAGGAAUUCAAAAUAGAGUUGGUGCUUUUUUCUUUAUCAUUAUGAACAUGGUCUAUUCCAAUCUGGAUUCUAUUGAAUUGCUUAUUCGUGAGAAACCGAUAUUUGUACAUGAGAGCGCUAGCGGUUAUUACAGAGUUUCCGUUUAUUUUUUGGCUAAAAUAUUCGGCGAGUUUCUUCCUUACAGAGCAUUAUCUGGAUUUUUGUUUGGUUUAAUUGCAUAUUGGAUGGCAGGGUUUGACAAUGAUGCUGGAAAGUUUUUCAUCUUUUCUCUCACUCUUAUUCAAGUUACUGUCUGUGGUUGUAGCUUUGCGUUCCUAUUCAGUGCAACUUUUGGUAUUUUCGCCGUUGCCAAUUUAAUGGCGGCCGUUCUUUAUACUAUAAUGUUGGUGUUUGGUGGACUUUUGAUCAAUCAACAGUCGUUUGGUGAUUGGAUUGCGUGGAUGAGAUAUUUGAGUAUAUUCAAGUACGGACUUGAGAUUUUAGAAAUUAAUGAGCUUGAUGGUAUGCAGUUCGAAUGUCCUAAAGAUAGGAAUACUACUUGUUUCAAUACCGGUUCUGAAUUUUUGGAUUCUCAGGGUAUUGAUACAGGUAUGCUUUGGUGGAAUCAGUUCAUUUUGUUUGCCAUGACAUUCGUCUGUUGCGUUUUGACGUAUAUGCAACUACGCAGAGUAAAGAAAGAAAAAUAGAUAGGAUAAGUAUAUUUUUAUAGUGUAUAUUUUUUAUUCGGUACCUUUUAAAUAUAUAAUGGUUUAUAAAUAAAUUUGUCAACGUGUAAUCAAACGUGAAA